AUGACGGCUUUACUAUAUGGUUUUGCAAUGAUCGAUAAUUUACUUCUUUUAUUUAUUAAUAUUUAUAAUAUUAUUACAUUAUCUGAUCUUGAAAUCGAUUUAAUGAAUGUUCGGCAAGCUUGCCAUAAGCUGAAUCAAACAUUUCUACCAGAAGUUGCAUUACACGUUAUGUUAACGGUUUUCUUUAUAUUCAAUAAUAAUUGGAUUAUUUUCAUAUUAAAUGCUGUAUUAGAUCUUUGGUUUGCUUACAAAUAUUUUAAGCGGCAACCAGGUCAAUUAGGUAUCUAUGAUCCAUUAGAAAUAAAUAAUCGAAGAAGUAUCAAAUCACAUAUGAUGGAUUUUCUUAUUCGAUUAGUAUUUUAUUUGUUAUGCUUUUUUCUUUAUCUCUUUUUGUUAAUACAAGCUUUGAUUUAA